AUGUUGCAGAUAGCAAAUCUUCUACUUCUUACCCUUCUGGCUGUCAAAGGAGGGGAGGCUAUGUGUCAAACAUAUGGGACAAAAGAACUGUCUCAGUUUUCUAAGGAGGGAGAUAUCAACAUUGGAGGCAUUUUCUCCUUCCAUCAGAACCCAGUCAGUGUCAAUGCAAGUCUCCAAGUGAAUCCAGGAACAAUCCUUUGUGAUGGACUGGACCCAGGAGAGCUUCAGUACGCAUACACUAUGAUGUUUGCCAUACAGGAGAUCAACAACAGCUCAGAGCUUCUUCCAGGAGUAACACUGGGUUAUAGGAUCUUUGACUCCUGCCCCAGUAUCCCUCUGUCCAUCAGGGAAUCGCUGAACCUGAUGAAUAGGUAUGACAGCAGGGAAGACAGCUGUAGCAAACUCUCCAAUGUGCUUGCUGUUGUAGGGGAUACCACGUCAACCUCUACAAUAGGUAUUGCACGCACCAUGGGACCCUUCCAUAUACCUGUGAUCAGUCAUUCAGCCACAUGUGCAUGUCUUAGCAACAGAAGAGACUAUCCCUCUUUCUUCAGAACCAUACCUAGUGACAUUUACCAGAGCAAAGCCCUAGCAAAGCUUGUAAAAUACUUUGGCUGGACAUGGGUAGGGGCUAUCAGAACUAAUAGUGACUAUGGGAAUGGUGGCAUGGCCACUUUCCUAGAAGCAGCAGAAAGGGAAGGUGUGUGUGUUGAGUACUCAUUGGCUAUUUACAGAACUGAUCCAAGGACGUGGUUCUUAGAGGUGGUGGAAAUUAUAAAGAAAUCCACCUCUAAGGUAAUAGUGGCAUUUGCUGAUGGCACAGACCUUGACAUACUUAUUAAGGAGCUCCAUGCUCAGAACGUGACAGGCCUGCAGUGGGUGGGCAGUGAGGGCUGGAUCACUUAUCGCUAUAUUGCCUCUCCAGUGAACUACGCUGUGGUCCAGGGUGCUGUGGGCUUUGCAGCAAUAAAUGCUCAUAUCCCCGGACUGCAGGACUUCCUGACUAACAGCAAGCCCUCCACCACUCCGGGAGACCAGGGACUGGUGGAGUUAUGGGAGACGGUGUUCAGAUGCACACUGACUCCCCAAGCAGAGACUCAAGCUCAGGGUUCAGUCGCAGCCUGCACUGGGAAGGAGUCUCUGUGGGACAUGAACACACGCUUCACAGAUGUUUCAGAUGCCAGUCUGCUGAAUAAUGUAUACAAGGCCACAUAUGCUGUCGCUCAUGCAUUGCAUAUGUUGUUUACUUGCAAAGAUGGAGAGGGGCCUUUUGAGAACAAUACUUGUGCUGAUAAGCAGAAUUUACAACCAUGGAAGGUGCUGCAUUACCUAACGCAGGUCAAUUUCACCACUAAGAUUGGUGAGAAAGUGUUCUUCGAUGAGUUUGGUGACUGUGUGGCACAUUAUGCAUUGGUAAACUGGCAGAUGGAUGACACAGGUUAUGUUCUCUUUGAGACCAUUGGUUACUAUGAUUCCUCCCAGCCUGAGGGUCUGCAGUUUAUAAUGAAAGAUGGUGUGAGAGCCAUUUGGGCAGGCGAGAAUCUUGAGGUGCCAAGGUCUGUUUGCAGUGAGAGCUGUUCGCCAGGGACCCGUCAGGCUUUUGUCAAAGGCAAGCCUAUCUGCUGUUUCGAUUGCAUCACUUGUGCAGAUGGGGAGUUCAGCAACAGUACAAAUGCAGUGAAAUGUGACAAAUGCCCUCCCGAGUACAAGUCCAAUGAAGAGAGGAAUAACUGUGACUCGAAAGCUAUUGAGUUCCUCACCUUCAGGGAAUUGAUGGGUAUACUGUUGGUCACCUUUUCUAUUUUCGGUGCAUGCCUGGCAAUGACUAUAGCCAUGAUAUUUUUCCAUUACAGACAGACUGCUAUUGUCAGGAUGAACAACUCUGAGCUGAGCUUUCUGCUGCUCUUCUCCUUGACUCUGUGUUUCCUGUGUCCUCUGACCUUCAUCGGUCGGCCCUCUGAGUGGUCCUGCAUGCUGCGACACACAGCAUUUGGCAUCACCUUUGUCCUCUGUAUCUCUUGUGUACUUGGGAAAACAAUAGUUGUAUUAAUGGCCUUCAGGGCUACACUUCCAGGUAGUAAUGUGAUGAAAUGGUUUGGUCCUACACAGCAGAAGAUCAGUGUUGUGGCUUUCACUCUCAUACAGGUUUUAAUUUGCAUACUUUGGCUGACAAUCAGCCCUCCCUUUCCCUACAAAAAUAUGAAACACUAUAAAGAGAAGAUUAUACUCGAGUGUGCUUUCGGAUCACAUGUAGGGUUCUGGGCUGUUUUAGGAUACAUAGGGCUCUUAGCUUUGUUAUCUUUUGUACUUGCUUUUCUGGCUCGAAAGCUGCCUGAUAAUUUCAAUGAAGCUAAAUUUAUCACUUUCAGCAUGCUGAUAUUCUGUGCAGUCUGGAUCACCUUUAUCCCAGCGUAUAUCAGCUCUCCUGGGAAGUUCACUGUAGCUGUGGAGAUAUUUGCUAUUCUGGCCUCUAGUUAUGGAAUGCUUUUUUGUAUUUUUUUGCCCAAGUGCUACAUACUUUUAUUAAAGCCUGAGAACAAUACAAAGAAACAUUUGAUGGGUAAAGUGACAUUGAGAGCCCUCUGA